GUUCCCGCUACUGCACGGAACGGAACGCGUACCAAGACGGAGACCACUCCACGCCACCCGAAUGAUGGACGACGACGACUUCGGCGCCGAUGCCGAUUUCCUUUCCGCCCUCGCCUCCUCGACCGCCGCGAUCACUUCGAGCCGAGCCGAAUCUCAACCCAGGCCUCAACCUCCAUCGGAACCUGCAGGCCGCCUUCAGCAUCCACAGCCUGCCCGCCCCAGUAUACAACAGCCGAUCCCUCAACGAAUACAACAGCCGACGCCCCAGCGGCUAGGCAAACCACCCCCGGCACCGCCUUCCAACGAUUCCUCGGCGUCUAAGAUCGUGCAACCCACCCCCCAAGCCCUGCCGCAGCGCUCGUCCGGCUCUUCGAUAUUGGUAUCACCGCGCCAGAAGGGGAACCCCGUGCUAGCGUCUCUGCGAUCCGUGCCAUGGGAGUACAGCGACAUACCGGCCGACUACGGGCUGGGCCUGACGACCUGUGCCUUGUUCCUGAGCCUCAAGUACCACCGUCUGCAUCCCGAGUACAUCUACACGCGAAUUCGCAAUCUCCAGGGGAAAUACAAUCUACGCGUUCUCCUGACCAUGGUUGACAUCCCGAACCACGAAGACUCGUUGCGCGAGCUUUCUAAGACCUCGCUCGUCAACAAUGUCACCCUCAUUCUCUGCUGGUCCGCCGCCGAGGCUGCGAGGUAUCUCGAACUGUACAAGUCCUACGAGCACGCCAACUUUAAUGCUAUAAAGGGGCAACAGGCUACGAGCUACGCCGAGAAACUCGUCGAGUUCGUGACCGUACCCAAGGGAAUCAACAAAGCCGACGCCAUCUCGCUCGUCAGCGCUUUUGGUAGUCUAAAGAACGCGGUCAAUGGGGAUCCAGAACAAGUCGCUAUCAUUAGUGGCUGGGGGGAGAAGAAGGUGAAGAAAUGGUGCAGCGUUGUAGAGGAGCCGUUUCGCGCCCAAAAUGCUGCCAAGAGGAGUCUCGCCGAGGGUAACGCGGCUGCCGACGGAGCUGUCCCGUUGGGCCGAGUACCGCUGAGGGACAUGCCAAGCCUAUCGGCGGGCUUAUCGCGAAGCGGUGAAGGUCUCCGGUCGGGACCGACGACGACGCCGACACCAUCUACCCCAUCAGCCGGGCGCCGUCUUCAGGGAGACGCCCCUGCUGACGAGUAUGACGAAGAAGCAAUGCUAGCAGCAGCCAUCGAAGAAUCGAAGAAUACGGCAGCGAAAGAGGAAUUGUCUAGGUCGACAGCGACCACUCGCCAACAAGAGAAACUGAGCGACGGAAUUGCAGCAGCAUUGGCAAAACUCAGGGAUCAGGGGUGAUACCCGCACAGGUUGCAUUGCGGUACAUAAAGCUACCGAUUACAAAGUCCGCCCUCCGACUCUACCAACGAGGCCCGAAGCCCCCCUGGAGCCAUUAAGCAACGAUUAGAUCGGAGCUAUACAGAAUCCGGAUCAUAAGGAGGACACCACUCGCCUUAUUGCCAGCAAUUCACAAGGUAAACGCGAGGUGACUAGCAACUACACGACCCAGGCGGUCUCGCGCGCGGAUCUUGCGUCGUUGGAUCUAAUGUAAGCCCGCUUCCUGAACCUUUGAGGUUUUCCGCAGGCAGAGACAGACAUAUCUAGACACGGAAAGAUUUAUCUCCGACUUCACCUGU